AUGAGCCACAACAUAAAUCCGUCUCAAAUACAGCGGGAAGAGCUGAAUAAACUGCUCAAAGAUCCCACAAAGCCUGUUGAAUUACCAGAUGCACCUAGAAAGAAGGAAAUUGCGCCCGCGAGAGAAAUGUUCGCCCACGUCCAAGGAUCGUCGGCAGGUGCAGGCAGUGGUGAAUUUCACGUAUACAAGCAAUCGCGAAGGAGAGAGUAUGACCGUAUACAGCUCAUGGAAGAGGAGAAAGUGGAGGAAGCCAAUGCCAGGGAUUUCGAGCAAAGGAGACUAGAGAGAGAGAAGCUGGCCAACGAUAAAACCUCCAAGAACAGGAAUAGAAGAAAUAAACGGAAAUUGGGCAAAUCUGAUGCAAAAACGAGGCUUUCAAAUGACAAGGACGAUAGCGAUUUUAAGAAGCGCAGGAUGGUUGGUGACAGUGGAAUUGGGAGUGAUUUGGCUGAUAUCCCUGAUAAACCUGACAAGACUGUUUCUGCUGAUAUUCCAACUGCAGUAAGUGAUACUCCUGCUACUGCCCCAGAAAACCCUAUCACACUCGUCGACGACAAAGAUUGGUAG